GGACCACAGACUGAGAGCAGAGUCUCCAGGGUCCAGCUGUCUGUCUCUGAAGAGUGACUGGUCCAGAUUAGAGCCUCUAAACUUCAGUAAUGAACCUGGACCCUCACACACAGAGGAGAGGAAGAGGAGUCAUGUUUCUGAGGAGGAGCAGUCGUCCUGCUGUGCUUUGUGUCAGGGCGUCCUGAAGGAUCCAGUCUCCACCAGGUUUGGACACUGGUUCUGCAGACAGUGCAUCACCUCAUACUGGGACCAGUCUGGCUCUUCAGGAGACUCCUCCUGUCCCCAGUGUGGACAAAGACCCAGAAGAGGAGCUGGAGCUCAGACAGCCGCAGAUCGUGGUCUGCAGGAGGUUUCAGAUGAACAUAAGCUCAGUCUGAGGAGGAGAUGUGAACAUGUGACUGAAGGAAGUGAUGAAACAGGAAGUAGAACCCUCCUCAACAGGAUCUACACUGAGCUCCACAUCACAGAGGGACAGAGUGAAGAGGUUAAUACUCAACAUGAGGUGAGGCAGCUUGAGACGGCUUCCAAGAAGAAGAUCCUCCACGACACUCCCAUCAAGGUCCACGACAUCUUUAAAGCCUCCACUGACCAGCAGAGCAGCAUCAGAGUCGUCCUGACCAACGGCGUCGCUGGCGUUGGAAAAACCUUCUUGGUGCAGAAGUUCACUCUGGACUGGGCAGAGGGUUUAGAGAACCAGGAUGUGGGUCUGCUGGCUGUGCUUUCGUUCAGGGAGCUGAACCUGGUGAAGGACCAGCAGCACAGUCUUCUCACGCUGCUCCAUGUUUUCCAUCCAGAGUUACAGAAGCUCACAGCAGAGACGCUCGCUGUCUGUAAACCUUUGUUCAUCUUUGACGGCCUGGAUGAAAGCAGACCUUCUCUGGACUUCAACCACAGGGAGCUUGUGUCUGAGGUCACACAGAGGUCAUCAGUCAACGUGCUGCUGACCAACCUCAUCCGAGGGAAUCUGCUUCCCUCGGCUCUCGUCUGGAUAACCUCCAGACCUGCGGCGGCCAAUCAGAUCCCUCCGUCAUGUGUCGACAGGGUCACAGAAGUACGAGGCUUCACUGAGGCCCAGAAGGAGGAGUACUUCAGGAGGAGAUUCAGUGAUGAAGAGCUGUGCAGCAGAAUCAUCUCACACAUCAAGACGUCCAGGAGCCUCCACAUCAUGUGUCAAAUCCCAGUCUUCUGCUGGAUCAGUGCUACAGUUCUGGAGCACAUGUUGACCACAGACCAGAGAGGAGAGCUGCCCAAGACCCUGACUGACCUGUACUCACACUUCCUGCUGGUUCAGACAAAGAGGAAGAACAACAAGUACGGUGAGGGACAUGAGACGACUCCACAGCAGCUGACGGAGGCUGACAGGGACGUUCUCCUGAAGCUGGGGAGGCUGGCACUUAAACAUCUGGAGGAAGGAAACAUCAUGUUCUACCAAGAAGACCUGGAGCGGUGUGGUCUUAAUGUCAGACAGGCCUUGGUGUACUCAGGAGUUUGUACUGAGAUCUUCAGAAGAGAGUGUGUGAUCUUCCAGAAAUCAGUCUACUGCUUUGUUCAUCUGAGCGUUCAGGAGUUUCUGGCAGCAGUCUACAUGUUCCACUGUUACACCGAGAGGAACACAGAAGAACUCAAGAACUUCUUGGGAACAUGUGAGGACACAGACAGUACCUCAUCCCUGGAUGACCUCCUGGAGAGAACCAUGGAGAAAUCCCUCACCAGUACAAAUGGUCAUCUGGACCUGUUUGUUCGCUUCCUUCACGGCCUCAGUCUGGAGUCCAACCAGAGAGUCUUAGGAGGCCUGCUGGGUCGGACAGGGAACAAUCCAGAGAUUAUCCAGAGAGUCAUCAACAGCCUGAAGGAGAUGAAGAGUGAUAACAUUUCUCCUGACAGAAGCAUCAACAUCUUCCACUGUCUGACUGAGAUGAACGACCACUCAGUUCAUCAGCAGGUGAAACAGUUCCUGAUGUCAGAGAACAAAUCAAAGGAGAAACUCUCUGAGAUCCACUGCUCAGCUCUGGCCUACAUGCUGCAGAUGUCAGAGGAGGUUCUGGAUGAGUUGGACCUGAAGGAUUUCAAAACAUCAGACCAGGGUCGAGUGAGACUGAUUCCAGCUGUGAGGAACUGCAGGAAGGCUCGUGUCCGUGGUUGUGGACUCUCAGAGACUCACUGUGAAGUCGUGGCCUCAGCUCUGAAGUCAGACCCCUCACAUCUGAGAGAACUGGAUCUGAGCUUCAACAACCUGGAGGAUUCAGAAGUGAAGCUGCUGUGUUCUGGACUGGAGAGUCCAAACUGUCGACUGGAGACUCUGAGGUUGUGGAGCUGCAGACUGUCAGAGAUCAGCUGUUCUUCUCUGGCUUCAGCUCUGAGGUCAAACCCCUCUCAUCUGAGAGAACUGGAUCUGAGAGGAAACAACCUACCGGACUCAGGAGUGAAGGAGCUGUUUGAUCUUAAGAAGAGUUCAACCUGUCGACUGGAGACUCUGAGGUCAGUAGAUGGUUGGAGUCAGUCCACGCUGCUUUCAUCAGUAUUUUACUAAACAUAGUCAGUAUCA